AUGUCAAACUACAUUGACUUAGUUAAUAAAUUCGGCAAAGAAACUACAAGAGCCGCGUGUAAAAAGUGUGGCUACGCAGGUCACUUAACAUUUCAGUGUCGAAACUUUAUAAAAGUCGACCCAAAUAAAGAAAUAGUUCUAGAUGUGAGCAGUACUAGCAGUGAUAGUGAAGUAGAGUAUGCCACUCCGCUUCAAAGCUUACGAGAAGCAGAGCUAAAGCAAAAGUUAGAAGAAAAGUUGAAAAAAGCAAAAGAGAAAAAGAAGUCUAAGAAAAGAAAAAGAUCAAGGUCUUCAAGUUCUACUAGUAGUAGUACAUCAUCAAGUGAUAGCAGUGAUAGUGAAGCAGAGAAAAAGAGAAGAAAACACAAAAAGAAGUCAAAGAAAUCGAAAAAAUCUAAAAAACACAAGAAAAGUAAAAAAUAA